AGAGGAAGGAAAGUCAGACACUGUAGAGACUGAGGGACAAGGAGCUGUUGGCCCCACACACUCCCACUACUAAGCCACCACAGAUAGCAAGGGAGUGUGAAAUUUGGCAUCCAUCAUCACUAAUUCACUAAUUUUAGCUAUUACUUUCAUCACAUGUGGAGGGAAAGAUGGCACCUACAGUUUAGUGCGACCACUGAUGUUUGUUUCCUUAGCUCUUGUUUCUUUAGGUGUUAUUUUUGUUAAACUUUGAGGAUUUCGUUUCCCGUCUGGGUCUUCCUCUGGAAUACCAUCCCUCCCUUGGACUUUCUCGACCUGCCGACCACGCCGAUGCUAACUGACCCGUGUAGAGCCAUGUCCAUGGGGUCAGACGUCCGAGAUCUGACCCUCUUAUUCGCGCCUCCAGUGCCGUCCUUACCAGGAGCUGGCGGCGGCUGUGGGAUGCCUGUCGCUGGUGGUGGGCAGUGGACCCAACUCCUGGACCUCCACCCUAGCUCUCCCUACAGCACCCUGCCCUCCCACCCCCUCAUCAAGCAGGAACCAGGAUGGGGAACCGCUGACACCAUAGAGGACCCUCACUGUGGACUUGGGGCCUUCACGGUGCACUUCUCGGGCCAGUUUACAGGAUCAGGCCCUUGUCGAGUUGGGGCAUUCGGAGAGCCAACUGCAAGUCAGGCCAGGAUGUUCCCCAGUGGGACCUACCUGCCCGGCUGCAUGGAGACUUCUCCUGCAACCAGGAACCAGGGUUAUGGAGCAGUGAGUUUAGACAGCAACCCCAGUUAUGGUCACACUCCAUCUCACCACACCCCUCAGCUCUCUAGCCUGUCCUUCAAACAUGAGGACACGCUGUCUCCACCAAACAGCAUAGUUGAGCAGCAGUACCCAGCUCCCCCUCCCAUGUUUGGAUGCCACAAUCCCCCAGAAACCUGUCCGAACAGCCAGGCUCUGCUGCUGAGAAACUACAACAGUGAUAACCUGUACCAAAUGGCGUCUCAGCUGGACUGUGUUACAUGGAACCAGAUGAACACGCUGGCUUCUUCCAUGAAGAGCGGACACCCAACCAGUUAUGACAGCGACCCCACAGUCCCUUCUCCAUCCAUGCUGGUCAGUGCCCAGUACCACAUACACACACAUGGAGUCUUCAGGGGACUUCAGGAUGUUAGACGGGUAGCUGGUAUUGGUCCACCAGUCGUGAGGUCUACAGAAGCCAAUGAAAAGCGCCCGUUUGUCUGCGCAUAUCCUGGCUGCAGCAAGAAAUACUUCAAACUAUCACAUCUGCAGAUGCACGGCCGCAAACACACAGGAGAAAAGCCUUACCAAUGUGAUUUCACAGACUGUGGCCGCAGAUUCUCUCGCUCAGACCAGUUAAAGAGGCAUCAACGCAGACACACAGGAGUGAAGCCUUUUCAGUGCGAGACGUGUCAGAGAAAGUUUUCACGGUCAGAUCAUCUUAAGACUCACACUCGGACUCAUACAGGUAAAACAAGUGAGAAGCCCUUACCUGCCGCUGGUCCAACUGUCAGAAGAAGUUUGCCCGCUCUGACGAGCUGAUGCGCCACCACAGCAUGCACCAGAGAAACCUGACCAAGCUGCAGUCUGCCAUCUGAGCAGCCUGAGGAAGAGGAGGAGGAGGAGGCGGAGGAUGAAGAGUAAAAGGAAGGUGACUAUAUGUUGUGCCAGCUAGCAGGGAAAGCUGCUGGAGCCUGGUCAGUGGUUAUGGUGCUGUGCCAGACUCAAUGAAGAGGUGAGCACAGCUGAUGCCUCCCUCGACCAGCCGAGGAAAAGAGACUCUAAUGAUCCUCAAGAUCUCUGAGGUGUUAUCUGGCAAAAAAAAACAACAACUCUAAAACCACAUCACAGUUUUCUGAGCCAAAGAUUUGUUUAAAAUAGGGAUGAGGAAGAUGUUAAUACACUUUUUGGAUAUACUUUAGUACACUUGCACUGGCUUUUUUUUUAUCAUUUUAAUUGCUUCACCUCAAAAAAAUGUGCUGGACGAUGUAAAAACUGGAUUAAGGAAUCGGACAAUGUGUCUUCUUUUCGUCCAUUAAGUUGAACACAGAGAAGUUUUGCUUUGGGAAUGUGAACAGCUUAAUACUCUUACAGUAUACAUAAUACUUACCUAUUUGCUUUGUAUAUAUGUGGUGUACUUGCUUCCAUUUAUAGACAUUCCUUUUGUAUUUCUAUGUUUUGUAAGGUUAUAAAUAUAAAAUCUGGACUCACGUCUUUUUCAAACA